GGCCAUUUCUGUACUCUAUAAAUAUCAAAAUGGUGUCUCCAUUUGAUUCCACACCGAAGCUUCCAUCUCAAACUACAAACUCUCUCAACUAGUAACCCUUCCACGCACUGUCUUUUACUUAUUUCAGAGAAUGGCAAAUCCAAACACCAAAACCCUAUCAUAUGUUUUUGUAUUUAUCGUCAUCAUGUGUCUCUUGCUGCUGUCUGAGGCGCGCAUCAUUAACGACAAAAAUAAUAAACCUAAAAUAAUUAACUGCGCUAUUGUGGGUGAACAUGGCGGCACUGGCCAGCAGCAGCAUCAUCUGCUCAGUUAUCUUAUUAAGGGAUUCAUUCCCACUGAGGUCAUUGACAAACAUCCUAAAAGAAGAUGCCUGCGGCAGUCUCCCGGAGGUCCAGAUCCCCAUCACCAUCGUAAAUAGUUCAUAAUAACAACACUGCUAUGUGAGCUAGCUAGAUGGAUACAUAAUUAAGCAAUACUCGGAAU